AUGGAGGGUGACAGCGAGUCUGCUGCUGAGGCACUCUCGCAACCACCGGCCAAGCGAAUCAAAUUAUCGUCAUCUGCCCCGGAAAACGUCAAGCCCGUCUUCGGACGCCUCGAUGUCGCCUUGAAUACCGACGACUCUGGAGACGUCACCGUCAAUGUCAGCAACACCAGACGCCUUGGCAAGCCCGUGAUCGACCACCUUUCGGAUGAGACUUUCGCAUUUCACGGAUCUCGCCAGCAAGUUCACGCUAUGAUUGACAGAAUUCUCGACUAUAGCGAGAAUUCCAUCAUCACGGGCAUUGUGAGCCUCCAACCUGACACCAGCGAGUCGGCACCACAGUCAAAGACGCCCAUCACAACCGAGGUACUGAAGUCGACAGCUACGGUAGCUACGGUAUCUGAGAGCCGGGCAAGCCCAAAUCCAGACACGUCAAUGAGUGAGAGACUAGCGAAGUCUACUGCCACAGAGGUAGAAGCAUCUGCCCAUGAGGGACCAUCAACACUUGCGGUUACGCCCCAGUCUCAGCAGACCUCCAAAGUCGUCGCCACCCCGAAGCCAGUUACACCGCAGAAUUCAUCGCUUGUUCUCACACGGAGUGAUCUGAAGACUGCAUUCAGAGCAUGGAUGGCUGGUGGACAGCGGGUCACAAAGUUACUGACGCUACUGAAGAAGCUUCCGGAGAGCGACAGCCCAAAUCCCUCUGUGGAGUGCAUGGUUCUUCAGAAGCUAGCUGGAAAGAAGCCAGACAUGAUGGUCGGCGAUCUUUUAGACGUGUUGCGAUCUUGGAUGACUUCAGACUUCAAGCGUUGGGUCCAGCUAAAGCACAUCAAAAUCGGAGAGAAUUGGAUGCAUUUCAUCAUCUUGAGGCGACUGUGGUUCUACUCUGACUACUGGGACACUUCAGAUAAGGUUAAAAAAGCCGACUUCCCUUGGGUUGAGAUGGAACCCAAGUGGUCUGAGGGCCAGCCCUACUUGGCUUACGCAACUUUCAGGGAGCACAACCGUGUCCCGAUGAAUUUGGUCUUCAAUUGA